CAGUAUCGUCUAGUGGUACAUAAUAUCAUUAUAUUUACAAAACAAAACAAAACUGGAUCGAAAGAACAUGCAAAAAACUUCCCAGCCAAAAUUUCAAAUCCAAAGUCUACACGUAUUUUGAUAUGUAUAAAUUCUUGAAAGUCAAAUUAAAGCUAUGUUUUAAAAAAUCAGAAGUUUAUUUUACUGAGUGUUGAAAUUUUGUGAGCAUAUUAUUUUCAACUGCCCUCCUCAAUCGAUUGGAAACUGUUUCGAGUUGCUUUGAGCAAUUCUGGAGCCUCAGUAAUUUUUUUGAAGACGUAAUCCUAAUAAAAUUACGUGUGAGUAAUUAAAUUGGAAAGCUGAAAUUCCACGUGCCCCACAUAUUUUUUCAAUCUCGAAAAUUGGUUAGUGGGAAAGCCGUUCCGCAGCCUCCAGUUCAUUUUUGGAAUUCUAAUUUGCCAAAUACCUACAUUAUUGUACUUCGAAAUUUAUCAGAAUACGUAAGUAACUUACAUGAAUAUGAACAGAUGCAUGUUGGGGGGACUUACUCAUGCAACCGAUCAUGCACCAACUUGACGAAAUAUUGGUUUUUGCCAGCUUGGCGUUUUCUUUUCUGAUUCAGAGUCGAACACAUUCUUUUAUGAGGUACUCGAUCAGAAACCGUGUUUUUAUUUAUGGAAAUGCCAUGAAAUUUGUUCUCUCAUGGAAGCUAUUUUACCUGGUUUUUCAACUGAAACCCUUUUGAGAAUAAACACCCUCACUCUCACCUGCUCACAGUGUCUCUAACAAUACUUAAGUAGGAACUUGAUUUUUUAGUCACAGCCGAGGGGUUCUGAUCAGUGAUCACCCAGUGGAUUUAGAGAGUCAAGUCACAUGAUUGUACUCAGGGUCCUUUGGAUCGUUCUGGGCACUGAAUAUUCUUCUAAAAUUUUUUUUACCCUUUCAUUAUUUUUUUCUAUGAGCUUUUCGUGAGCAAUAUUCUUAAGUAAUAUUUCAAAAUUAAGAAAUGCUUACUCGAAUCACACCUUCGUGCAGAAAUUGCGAAAGUAUUUUUGCAAGUUUUUUGAAAGUUGGCGUAAAAGAGGUAUAAAGAAUAGCUGUCAUUACUGUUGACAAGUUAUGAAGUUCACACCGAGUUAAGAUUUUGCUGAAGGAAAGCUCGUUAUUGAUUCAGUUUUUAAUUUUAUUGUGUGCGAUAACACGUACAGUAGGGUUGUUUUCAUAUUUUUUUCGCUCAUGUUCGCACUCGGUAACAUUGAAAAAUGAGCUAAUCGGACGUAUUGUGAUAGUGACAAUGACUACGUCAUUUAUAAAAAUCUGUACGUAUAAUCGUUUUUUUCUCUCUGUAUAUAUUUUGGAGGCCUUCGCGCUACAGUAUUUCUUAUUUUCGUAUUUAUUUGCAAGUCUACGCGUAAGCAGAACUAUUCGAGUUGAAUUCGUACGCGAAAUUUGGGUUAAUUGAAUAAGAUCAAGUUACCAGAUUAAGGAAAAUGAAACGUCGAUUUGCCGGAUGAUUAAGAGACAUGCGAUGCAUGUGAAAAUCAGAUUUCCAUCGGAAUGAAUACGACAAAAGAGGGUAAAAAUUUCUCUUCCAAGGAUGGGGAUGAUUUUGAACAUUUACCGGCACGGUCUCGAACUCCGGUAUAUAUUCCACAUGGUAUGGAACUCGCCCUUCCGUCUCCCGCCAAUCACAAACGCACUGGGAAUUUGGCUUCGCCUUCGAAUGAGUUUUGGAAUCCGUCGCACGACAGGUAUUGUCUGACUUCAGGAACAGAAGUUAAUAUUACAAAUAAUACUACAGUACUUGUAGUAGAUGUGCCUGUGAAACCGAUUGAAAAGCUUAAAAGAGCCGUCAAAAAAAUGCAGAGAUUGUCUAGAAAAGAAACAAGUCUUCCACGAAAGCCCGAUGUGAAUCUUUCCAGAUCGUCAUCUGUGCGGCCUUCAGAUGUUAAUAGACAUAUUUCAAGGUAUGAUACGGGUCGUUCAAGUUUGCGGCUGGAUCGAGACAGGGAUCGGGAUCGAGAUCGUACUCGCAGAGGGUUAAAUUCAGAGACGAGUUCAAUCGCGGAUAAAUCAGAAAUGGACGCUGGACAAUUGUUGAGGGAAAAUACCGACCUUAGGCAAAGGCUAGAAGACGAAGAAGCGUGUUAUCGUCGUAAAAUAGAUACAUAUCGUCUUGCUCAACAACAUCAGGCUACUUUAGUCAGCAGAUUACAGUCAAAAGUUUUGCAGUAUAAAAAACGCUGCUCGGAUUUAGAAACUCAAAUCAAAGACAAUAUACCGCUUUUCGAUUCGAUAAAACAAUACAAAGCAAUCACAGCACCUCCAGGAUCAGCGUUAGAUGCAGCUCAACAGCAUCUACGUGAUUCGCAAGAUGAACCUAUCGUUGAUUUCGAAUCAGCGUUGAGAAGAUUGAGUGACGAACAAACUAGAAAUGAAAAAUUAACGAAAUUGAACCUGGCGUUAAGAGAACAACUUGAAGAAUCUCAACAAACUAACGAAUCAUUGACCAACGAUUUGCAAAAACUCGCCGGCGAUUGGCAAAAAAUGCGCGAUGAAAUGGUGGAAAAAGAAGAAGAAUGGAAAGAAGAAGAACAGUUCUUCAACGAAUAUUACAAUACGGAACAUAAUCGAAUGCUGAAUUUAUGGAAAGACAUUAUAUCGAUGAAAAGGUCGUUUUCCGAAAUUCAAUCAGCUACUCAACGAGAUUUGAGUAAACUGCGUAAUGAAGUCAGCUCAACGUCCAAUGAUAUGAUAGCCACGUGUAGCAACCUAUUAACGAACACAACUCAAAAUAUGAUAGCUGGGAAACAACAAGAAAUGAAAAAAGAAAAUUACGAAUUGCAAAGUCGAAUUAAUAAAUUGAAAAUAGAUUACGAUAACGCAAUGGAACAAGUCAAGCAGAAAGACGAUAAAAUACAGCAGUUAUCUAAAGAAAUCCAAUUAUUGAAUAAAAAAGUAUCAGAGACGGAUGAAAGUAUUCAGGAAAUUUCGCAAUUGCAAGACGAAGUCAAAUUGUUAUUGAAUGGCCUCAGUGAAAUUGCUCAAACCGUUGUCCACGAUGCCGAUUUGAAGGAUAUCGAUAUAAUACAAUCUAUGCCCCAUAUACAUCUUUCAUCUAUGAUGGCUGCUCCAUCGAGGUCACAAUCCGAAAACGUUCUCAGAGUUCAUUCGGCUAAUGCGUUCGUUGAAAAUACUAUAUCCGGGGUUCAAGCAGCAUUGUACAAGUAUCAGUCUCAAAUACACGAAUUACAGGUUAAAAUCUCAUCUCUAUCAGAGCAAUUAUUAUCGACCGAUAAGCAGAACGAGAAUCACGCCGAUAUGCAGAGGAAAUUAAUGGAUAAGAUUGGCGAACAAAACGAUGAAUUAGAUUCUUUAAAAGCUGAAUUAAAUUUACUCAAUCAGGAAAAGGAAUCUUUGGCAAAGGCGUUAGAUUCAGCCAGAGCAGAGAAAUUUGCGGUUGAGAAAAAUCGAGCCGAAAUCAGCAAUAUGCUAGAAUCUGUCAACAAUGAUUACGAAAAAAUAUUAAAAAGUAACAAUCGUCUGCAAAAAAUAGCUCUUAAUUUAGAAGACGAAAAAAAUUUUCUACAAAAUGAAGCUGACCGGUUAACAAAAGAGUUAGAAACAAGAGAAUUAGCUCAUCAUAUGACGGAAGAUCGGUGUAGUCAGAUGCUCGAAGAAUUGUUAACAAUCAAAGAAGAAUUAAAUAGGGAAAGACUUGAUAAAGAGUUGAUCGAGCAGAAUCGAGCUGAAGCACAAUCUCUACUCAAUUAUGUUGAGAAAACAAAAGGAGAACUUGAAGCUGAAUUACAGAGGGUACUAAUGGAAAGGUCCGAAGUUCACGACGCAUUAUCAAAAGCUGAAUCUUUAGGCACGUCUCUAGAAGAAGAGAAGAAAAGGUUGACCGAAGAGUUGAAAAAUACGGAUGAAGCAAAAACUAAAUUCCAAAAUCAGUUAUCAGAUUUGAAUAAUGAUUUAGAAGCUGUUCGUAAAGAACUUUUGCACACCGAACAAAACCGUUUGGAUUUGGAAACAGAAAAAAUGGCUCUAUUGGAAAAAUACAAAUAUUCCGAAGCUGAAAAGGAGAAAUUGGAAAUUGAGUUGGGUGGUGUGACUCACGAACGUAACGAGCUAAGCGACCAAUUGAUGAAUGCUCAACGUAAAAAAGAUGCAUUAAAUGAAGAACUUAUGAGAUUACGUCAUAGAAUCGAACAAGUCAGUGAAACAAAUGCACGAGUUAACAAACACCUUGAAGAUUUGGUGAAAGAAUGUGAAGAAAAACAGGUGAUGCUCGAAAGCAACGAAAAAGAAAUAAUUCAUUUGCAAGAGCUCAACGCUGUGCUUAAAAAUGAUAAAGAAUCUUUGGAAGCAGCCUUAUUCGAAACGCAAAAUAAUUUCGAGGCUUCUGAAAUCAAACGAGAAACUAUGGAAAAAGAUAUUCAAGAGCUUUUAGGCAAACAAGAUUUCUUGAAAAACGAAAUUUGUCGACUAGAGAACGAAUUGGAAAACAUGUCUAAACAAUUUAACGACACGAAGACCAGCUUGAUGCAGCAACUGAAAUCAUUGGAAAACGAAUACAAGCAGAAAAUCGAUAGUUUGAAAAAUCAAAAUGACGAAAACACCAGACGACUAGAAGAAGAAAAAGAGCAAGUAAGAACGAACGCAGAAAAACGACUACAAUCCACUUUGGCAGAACUCGAACGUAAUAAAACAGAAGAAAUUACGCUCCUGGAGAAAAAAAUGGAAAAUCUUAAACAACACAUCGACAUGCAAAAUCAACAAUACGAAGAAGCCCUACGACGAGCCGAAAAUGAUAAACAACAAGCUCUGUUAUUAGCUCACCAAGAUCAAAAAGCCCUUCUUGAAAAAAUGGAGUCAGUUCGCAAUGAACUGGAAGAAGAACGCGCCGCUCUGGAAAAAUUACGUCGUGAAGCUAACUUGAAAGCUGAGCAAGAUCGUUCCAGCAUAAACACCCUUCGUGAACAAGUCACCAGGUUGACGUCUAAAAUGGACGAUAUGAGAAUAAAAACGGAAGAAGAAAAACAACGACUUGAAAACGAAAUGGAAGAUGUGAAAAAAGAUCGCGAUUGUUAUGCCAAGCAAUGCGAAGAAUUGAAAGUAGAAUUAUCUUUAUCCGAAGAUAGAUAUGAAAAUAUAAAAAUUCAGUUAGCCGAAACUAAUCACAAGUUGAAAGAAAUCGAGAAAAUCGCCGAUAACAGCAGGAGGGAGUUGAAUGAUAUGAAACGCCAAUUAAACGAAUGCGGUAUUGAAAAAGAAAAAUAUCUUCUUUCGAAUAGGGAGUUGAGAGAUUUCAUCAAGAAAUCUGAAGCUGAGAAACGCGAACAAGCACGAUCGUUGGAGGAAUCGCAUCAAAAAGUUGCUGGUUUAGAAGAUAAAAUAAGUCAACUUGAGAAUGAAAAAUCAAAAUUGCAGAAUGUCUGUAGAGAUUUCGAAAUCAAGCUUGUGCAGUCCAGCCAAAGUGCUCAGAAUUUACAACAAGAGCUGGAGAAAUCAAAUUCUGCUAAUCAACAAAAAGAAAAUGAUGAGAAAGAAUUGCUUAUUAAAUUGAAUAUAGAAUUGGAAGAUAAAGACAAACUUCAACAAGAAUUGCAUAUUUAUAAGAAGCAGUUGAUGGACGCUGAAAGAAAUAUCGAAGCUAAUCAGCAAGAAUUGAUGAAAAUACGUCAACGAAUCAGAGAAGACGAAGAAGGAUGGCAUUUAAGGGAGCAGGAAUUAUUAUCUCGGUUAGAAGAUGGCCGAGUUAAAGAAAGGAAAUUAGAAGAUCAAAGACAUAAUCUAGAAUUAUGCUUGACCGAUGCAAAUCAACAAAUGCAAGAACUGAAGUCUCGUUUAGGAGGCAGCGAAGGAAGAGUGCGUGCUUUGGACUCUCAACUUGGCCAACUAGAAAUGACCAAAAAAGAUCUGGAAAACAGAUUGAAAUCGAUUGGAAACAUCUUUAAACGUUUGAAUGUUAUACAGUCCGAAGGCCCUCUUUCUUCUCCUCUACGUGUGUUAGCUCCGCAAAGACGAUGGAGUCCUAGUCGUGCUGUUGCUCAAGAUGCAGUAUUUGAAAAUGGAAGAACGGAUAGUGCGUUUGAUGUAAAUCCAGAAUCUAUUAAGAAAAAUGUCAGAUUCCUUUUACAACAAAUGGCUCAGCUUGAAAGAGAAAGAGAUGAUAUGAAAAUACAAAAUAUAAACAUGAAGAAGCAAUUGGAUGAGAACUACGACACACAGAAUAAAAAUGAAUCAAAAAUUAGCAACAUGGUACAGUGUAUUAGGCAGCUGAAUGAAGAAAAAGGAACACUAGAGAUGCAUUUGGAUCAAAAAGAAGCAUCUUUGAUGAAUGAGACCGAACUUCUAAAGCACAAAAUUGAAGAGAAUCAACAACUCAGAGAUAAAAUAGCAUCUUUAGAAUUAAACUUACAAUCCGGAUGUGAAGAAAAGUUCCAGUGUGAGGAACGGGUUAUGAAGUUGAGAAAUUUGAACAGUCAACUGGAAAAUGAGAGGCAGAAACUGAAAGAAGAUUUAACGAGAUGUGAAUCAAGAUCAGCUCGAUUGGAGAUUCAAAGAAUAGCAUUAGAGGGCGAUUUGAACCGGUUGCAGAUGAUAUUACAAGAAAAAGAUAUUCACAUACAAAAAAUGCAAGACCGUCUGGAAGCUCAGACGAGGACUAUUGCAAAUCUUGAAGAAAAAUGUGAUUCUUUACAGUCAUCUGUAGAUCAAAUGCAUUCAUCCCUAGAAAUCGCCAGUUCUGUGGAAGCAGAUUUACGAGCUGAAAUUCAAAGCUUACAAAAAUCUCUUUCAGAUUGCGCAUUCUCUUCGAGUUCAACAAAUGAUAGAAUCAAACAACUGCAGAAAACGUUAAGUAAUAACGAAAAUGAAAGAAGGUUGUUGACUGAACGAUUAGAAAGAACAGAACGUGCGCUGACAGAAAUGCAUGCCGAAUGUAAAGCAAGAGCUGAACAAAUCUGCGCACUUCAGUCUGAACUCGAUGGUAAAGAUAUACAGAAAGCUCAUCUUGAAGAUCAAUUAAGAUUCGCUAAAUACUCAUCAACCGGUUUGGAUGAUAAAGAUACUUACUCUAUGCACAAGUUACAAAUCGAGUGUUGCGAGCUUCGAGGCAAAAUUGAAAUGCUAGAAGAGAAGCUAAGAAGGGUGGAAUCAGAAAAGAAAACUGUUGAGAAAAAACUAAGCAAGGAAAGAGGAAAAAGUCACGAUAAAAUGGAUACUUCCGAUAUUAUGGCUAGUAAUUACGCUUUUGGUGCCACUUCGAGUCUUAACUUGUCUUAUCUUGAGCACGAGAAUAAGGACUUGAAGCAGAGGUGUAAUCAACUCGAGGCUCAGUUAGCUGAAAAAGAAGCUGAAUUGGCUCGUCUACGUGCUAAAGAUCUUUCCAGAAUCUCCAUGGAUCGGAGCGAUGACAUGGAAAGAUACAGAGCAGGUCAAUUGCGCGCCGAACAUCUUCUCAAAGCUAGAGAGCAAUCACAUCGACAACAAGUGCAACACCUGAAAAAUGAAAUAAGCAAUUUACGCAAGCGUUUAGAUCAAGAGAUGAAACUGAAAAGGAGGUAUUUACUAGAAAGCCCUGCGGAAAACCUUCGUAUUAGACAGCUUCGUGAAACUUUAGCUGACUCAUUACGUACCGUCUCUCAAAACCCUACGUUGGAUGCUUUACUAUUGGAUCACGAAACGAAAAAAUUGAAUUCUUCGUUACAUCUUGUCAAAUCAGACCGUCUAAAAUCAUUGUUACCAACUCCGCGUUAAUUACAAAGUUCAGUUUCGUUAUUGAGAUAUUGAAUUAAAUUACGAAAGGUUGAAAUAUUGAUUCAAAAAGUUACGAUCGAGAUAAAUCUUUUUGAGUGAAAUAGCGAUGAAUUUGAAAUGUCCUGAUGUCAAAAAUCACCAAAAUCAUAGAUUUGAAAUUAUUUAUAUUUUUUUACUUAUGCUUUUUGAAAGACUUUAGUUACGUAGUAUUAUUAUCGCACAAAAAGUGCACUCGUUUAGUCCACUCCAGUUUCAUGAAUGUGGUUGUAGAGACCUCACUGUGAAGGAAUUAUUAUUUCUUAUCGCAGUUGUUUUAAUGAAAUUAUUCUCAAGAUGCCAUUGCUCAUUUAAAAAUGAGUCUUGGAUUUGACGUGAAUUUGUUUCGCGAGUACAAAAUAAUCUCUCAAACUCUAGUCAUAUUUUUAUGAUAUUUUGUGUUUUCAAUAUUGAAUAAAUUUUAGAAUAACUUGUUGCAAUAA